AUGAUUUAUUUAAUUUAUAAUCAUGUAAUGAGUUUAAGAAUUCAGAUUUGAAAUAGGUGGGAGAAUAAAGAAAAGGAUAAUUUCUGAUUGUUAAUUGUUAAGUAGAAGCUAACUGUUAAGUAGAACCCCAUGUUUAAAUGUAUAAAAUGAGAUGUGAGACAGAGUGAAAACUAACUGCUGGUCAGCAUCUAUUUUCAGCUUGCUUCUGCGAAGGACUGUACACUAUCUGCAUUCUUUCAAUGCACAGAAGUAUGUGGGAGGCAUUUACAGCAUCUAUUCAGAAGGGACUAUUCAGGGUGGGUAAGAGUUAAACGACUCUCUCCAGGGAUCAUGUCAUGUGUACAGAGGCUCAGUCUGAGUCACGCACACCAACACACGAGCGCCAUCACACCCCUUCUAGGAAGACGACCUGAGCAAGUUCUCUGCCUGCAGAGCACAGAAGCACAGUUCUACAAAGAGCACCAGGUUUCUGUCUGCUGUUAACACAUGGAGUGGAAGUGAAACCGUGCUCCCUAACCUUGCACAUUUGAUAACAUUUCGGAAGCGGUACUCAGGUCAUCGGAAUGAAGGCCCUCAUCUUUGCAGUGGCUGGAGUCGUGCUUCUGUCACCCACUUUUUGUCAGAGUGGUAUGGGAAAUGAUACAUACAACUUGGGAGACCCGACAUUACUUAGUAAGACCUUCCUUGGAGCUCCCCUGAUUUCUUUUGAAGCGACCUCCUUUCCCACCAUAGAAGACUGGGCAGAAACCACAAAUGUAAAAAUUAAGUGCCCUGAAGAAAGUGUUUCAAAUCUCCACGUGAAUAAUGCUACCAUGGGGUAUCUGAGCAGCUCCUUAAGUACCAAACUGAUACCCGCCAUCUACAUCCUGGUGUUCACAGUAGGUGUGCCAGCCAAUGCAGCGACCUUGUGGAUGCUCUUCAGGACCAGAUCCAUCUGCACGACCAUCUUCUAUAUCAACCUGGCCAUUGCAGACUUUCUUUUUUGUGCCACACUGCCCUUUAAAAUCGCUUACCACCUCAAUGGGCACAACUGGGUAUUUGGAGAGGUCUUGUGCCGGGCCACCACAGUCAUCUUUUACGGCAACAUGUACUGCUCCAUUCUGAUCCUUGCCAGUAUCAGCGUCAGCCGCUACCUAGCCAUUGUCCAUCCUUUUACUUACCGGGGGCUGCCCAAGCGUACCUAUGCCUUGAUAACAUGUGGACUGGUUUGGGCAACAGUUUUCUUAUACAUGCUGCCAUUUUUCAUCCUGAAGCAGGAGUAUUAUCUUGUUCACAGGGAUAUCACCACCUGCCACGAUGUCCACAACAUAUGCGUGACUUCAUCUGCCUUCCAACUCUACUACUUCAUCUCCUUGGCAUUUUUUGGAUUCUUAAUUCCAUUUGUGGUCAUUAUCUACUGCUACACAACCAUCAUUUGGACGCUUAAUACAUACGACAAGAGGUGGUUGUGGUACGUUAAGGCGAGUCUCCUCAUUCUUGUGAUUUUUACCAUUUGCUUUGCUCCAAGCAACAUCAUACUUAUUACUCACCAUGCCAGCAACUACUAUGACACCGAUGGUUUAUACUUUAUCUAUCGCAUAGCUUUGUGCCUGGGUAGUCUGAAUAGUUGCUUAGAUCCAUUCCUUUAUUUUCUCAUGUCAAAAGUCCCAGAUCACUCCACUGCUUACCUUGCAAUAGUGAAAUCACCUUAGAGAACUAGGAACGCUAUUUGUGAAAACAUACAUUCUUGGGAUAACAUAAGUGCAAAGAGCUCUAUCCUCUAGCUCCACUUUUGAUCUCCUAAGAGAUAGUGCUUCAAAAUAAAAUAUUACAAAAGCACUAGCUUUAAAAACACAC